CUGAUUUGAAACCCCUGAAUUUUUGUGUCAUUUUUAAUUGUCAGCUAGUACUUCAACUGCAAUGGCAAAGAGCACUAGGGGAAGGGGACAGCCCUGCUUCGUACCCAGAAAUAGCUUGAUUGGGUUUGAAUCUAGCUAUUUUUCGGUUGGGCAUCAAACCUGUUUGGUCCUCAGAAAUGUACUCAGUGAUGAAAAGGGUGAUCCUAUUGGCCAAGAUAGCAGUUAAACAUUUCAAGCCCUGGUUCACUAAUGCUAUGGGGCGAUAUGAUCCCAGGGAGGAAUUGUCUUUGGCUUGCUGAGGUAGAACAACUAUUCUAGAUUGCUUCCAAGUCCCUGGGAUCACAGCCCCCUGCGUUAUGCUGUUGAAGGAGGAAUGCAAAUUUCAGCAAAAAUUAUGAAAAAGCCAUCAAGCCCAGGUGCUAUAUGUCGUCCCCCCCACCCACCCCAGCACCGUUAAAUGCAUUAAUACCAGAAUAAUGUGACGUCCUGACACUUGCUUCUGUCCAAACAAACUAGACAGAUUGUGUAAACCGCCUGGAGAUGUGAAUUGUGGUGGUAGAUAAAUGUGUAAAAUAAAGAGACAUGACAUUAAAACAAUUCUUCCUUUCCUUCUAGGGGCAGAGGAGGAAAAGCCUAGUGGGAGGAGGCCCAUCACCUCCAGCAGCCUCAUGGUGGCUCGGAAGCUGCUGCUGUCUCCCCUGCUGCGGGAGCGUGGGGCUGCUUCCGGGAAGGACACCCUUUUCUUUGAUGGGCCAGCCCCUGUGGCUGGCCCAUCAAAGAAAAGGGUGAAGCACCCCAAAACAUCAAAGAGGCAGCCCCCCGCAGAAAGCAGCAGCAAGGGGAAGCCACCACAGGAGGGCAGACCAUCAGCCCUCCUGGGCAAGGCCGGUCUGCGUCGGGCUAACAAGGCACCAGGUGGGGGUGUGCCUUCUGGGGAGAAACCCCUUCCCCACCUGGGGGAGGGGAGACUCCCCAGAAGGAGGCUGGAGGCUGCGGGGGAUACAGCCAGGAGAUUGCUGCACAUCCCCAGGAGCAACCUGAGUCUGCACCUUGGGGAGGCUGGGCAGGGCGUCUCCCCGCUGGGGGGGAACCGUUUCUCGGGCUUGUCCCGAGAGACGGUUCUUCCCCAGAUCCCUUCAACUGGGAAGACGACCCUGACCCCAAUGGGGAGACCCCCGCCAAAGCCCUUGCCAUCAUGGCAACAUCCAUCUGCUUGGCGGGGGCCCGAACCAUUGCCAGCGCUCAUGAUCAAAGCGCUGGGGCCCCCCAAGGCAGACACAGAGCCUUGCUCCUGGGGACAUCCCCCCUCAGUCUCCAGCUCUGUGGCCAAACCACCGCCACCACACUUCCCACCGAAGCCACGCCCUUGGGAAGAACCACCAUCUCAUCUUUCCCAAGGGCCGUGGCUUCAGGUGCGAGCCCUACGCAGACCGGCUGAUGUGCCGGUGGCAACCCCUUGGCGGUGAGACAGCAGCAGUGGAAGGCCACCACCCAAAAUACCAUCGUCGGGGCUGCUGGAGGACCUCCACUAGGUCUCGCCCAUUCUGCCUUGCCAUGAUGGGAGAACUGGUUCUUCGCUGCCCUUGGGAUGAAUCACCAUCUCAACUUUCCCAAGGGCCGUGGCUUCAGGUGCAAGCCUUACAGAGACCAGCUGAUGUUCCGGUGGCAACACCUUGGCAGUGAGACAGCAGCAGUGGAAGGCCACUACCCCAAAUACCAUCAUCUGGGCUGCUGGAGCACCUCCACUAGGUCUCGCCAGUUCUGCCUUGUCAUGAUGGGAGAACUGGUCCUUUGCUGCCAUGAACCAAAGUGAGGACCCCUGUCCACUCUGGAUGAGACCUCUUCUGAGGAGCAGCAUUGGGUACAGAACCUGGACGUACUUCAGACCUCAGACGAUCCAGGACCCCCAAGAUCAUCUCAUGCCCCAAGGCCAGACGACUCACCAUUACCACCAGACACAGUGGGAUGCCACCACCCCAAAUACCAUCAUCUGGAGGACUCACCAUUACCAGUAGACUUGGAUUCUGAGGGGUCAGCAAGGUGUAGAUACUGGAGCCUAAGAAGCAGCAAUAACAACAUCACUGAAUGGAAUUGACAGGAAGGACAGAAGAAAUUAGGAACUAUGGAAGCAGAUUGGCAGCCUUUCUUUGUCUUUCCAGAAGAGGGACAGGCAGGGAUGCUCUUGGACAGCCACUGGCUGGUCUUUGCUCUCUAGAUCUGCUGCAGCAUCCAGAAUACUUCCCCAGAGAAGAGAAUGAAGAAUGAAGGACAGCUGGGUUGCCUGGAAAACAGAGUCAUCUUUGGAGCCUCGUUUGCAUAGCAGUUUUGAUUCAAGUGGGAAAGUCUUGAAACUGUCUUAUGGACUGUGGCCGAGGGAAUACAACCUCCACUCUGUGUUGGGACAUUCCUGUCCAUGUGGAAAAGACUUCAGCACAUUUUGUGCAUCACAGAAGCUAGGCUUCAGGAUCCAGACUAGGAGCCAAGAUCAAAGGGUUCAUCUCUUGGGUUGGUUAUCUAAAAAAUGUUGAUCCAUUUAACGCGGGAUGGAAACCGUGAAUUGGUUUCUAUACAUGUUGUGUCUUUGCUUGUUGAAUGUGUACCAUUUACAUUUGUCUUGGUAGCCUGUUUUGCAACAUUUAAGUAUGUUGUAUAUAUAUAUAUCCUUUGAAUGUUCUGAAGAGAAAAUAACACAUUUGGUAGACUGAAACUGUGGCAACUUGUGAAUAAAUCAUCCUCUG